AGAAAGAGAGAGAGAGAGACAGACACAGAGAGAUAGAGAGAGAGAGAGAGAGAGAGAGAGACUGCACUGUGUGGGAGCUGUUAGACCCGUAUGCAAGGCUUUUCUUUGCAUUUGUUGGAGAUUUUGGCUCGCAGCCCAACUGGCGUUUUUGUAUUCAAGUCAUGAUCGCAGAGUCCAUGCGCUUCCCCGAGCUGCAUCGGCUGCCAGCCGCUUGGAACGAUCCCAGAAUUCCCUGCUGACAUGUACAGAAACAGUCCCACAGAGAUGAUGAUGGUGAUGAAGGAACAGAAGGACGCUGAGCUCGAUAAAAAGAUUGAGGCCUUACGAAAGAAAAAUGAAGCGCUUAUGAAACGCUAUCAGGAGGUGGAGGAAGAUAAAAAGCGUGCAGAACAGGAAGGGAUGUCACUGCACAGCGGGAAGGGAAAAUCUGAUGAUCUGACCAUCACCAUCAAUAACGAGCAGCGUGUUGUGACUAAGAGGUCGGGACUUGGAGGGCCAAACACCACAUCACAGCAGGAGAAGGAGCCCGGAGAUCCUGAAUCCAGAGUCUUCAGUAUUGGAAGAGGAAAGAGACGACAGCUGCUCGUCACAACAUCAGGAAACAUCAAGGGUAAGAGAGUGUUUGGUGAAAGGAAGGACAGGAAUCGCCCUUCGAGUCCAGUGAGGUUGAAACCAUCUGUUAAGGAUGUGCCACGAGUGAAACGCCCUCCGUCUACAAAAACUCAGGAGGACACAGGGAAACAGAAUGUGAAGAGUCAAUGUGAGGAGUCUCGUGGCGUCUCUCAGAGUGAUGAUUUUGUUCUGGCCACUGAAGGGUUUGAUGCACCAAUUCUCGGUGAAUCGAACCUUCUCUCGUCCAGACGAGAGCAGCUCGAGUACCUGCGAUGGAAGAAAGAGCGCGAGAAGAUCGACCGAGAGCGCGUCGCCCGACACAAAAACUCCAAAGGCCAGUGGAGGAGAGCCUGGGACCUGGAGAAGAGUGAGCUGAUGUUUUCUGAAAAAGUACAUGGAGGAACAGAGAGCGAAACGCACAACAGAGGUCAUCAUCAAGCGCGGGACAGGAAGGCUAAGAGUGUUCCGGUGAUGGGCAGUAAAGCAAUGGGUAAAGACCGUCUGACGGGUCGAGCCAGAAGAUGGGACGCUGAAGAACAACUGCAGGUUUAUCAAGGGAGCAGUCUACAAGCGUUUCUGGAGGAACUAGACGCUCUUUGUGGUCCUGAGGUGGAAGACAUCAAUCCAGACACUGAAAACCAAGAUGUUGCCAUAAAGCCCUGCGCAUCUGAAGACUCGUUCAAAACACAGAAAACCAUCAGUAUCGUGACCUCUGAUUGGACAGAAGACGAGAAUGGACGUAUUUCCAGAGAAAUGCCUCAUUCAGAGACGUCCUGUCUCAAGGCCACAGAGAAAAAGGUACGGUUUUUAGAAGAGCCUAUUGAUGAUGAUAGUGUUGCUAUGGAAACCAAGGCCAGCAUGCUGAAAACACAUGCACAGGGUAUGAGCGGCUCCACCCGGGAAAACAUUAAACAAAUGUUGACACAAAAUAAAGAUAACAGUGAAUGUGUCCAGGAAGCCAAGUCAGCAGACACGCCCCUCAAAGGUACUGAGGUGAGACUAACCUCUUCAGAACAGGAAAUCUGCGAGAAGAAACUUCCAGAAGUAAAUCCUGGAACUGAAGUCACUGAAAAUGAAGCCAGUGAAGCAUCUUGUCCCAGAUCCAGAUCAGGAAAUGUUUGCGUAUCAGUAGAACAGGGCCAGAACCAGCCCGUGGAACAUACCAAGAACUGCUCGUCAAGAGGAAAUGAAGAUCUGAUUGACUCCAGUCGGUCUGUCUUGAGUCUGGAGUCUGAAAACCCUCUUCCAGACCACAACACCAGCACUGAUAUGGCAAGACAGAAUGGGAAAGUUGUUUAGAUGGAAACUGACGUCUGGACUGAACCUUAAACCAAAACGAAAGAAGAAUGGAAACAGCAUUUGCCUUUUUUUUUUAUUUGACUCCAGUUCAGGCGAGUUUCAUUUCUGGUGGAGCAAAGUCACUUAUCUGACUCUUUAAAACUACCGUAUUGAAGAACCAUUUUAGCAUUGGAAAAGGCUGAACUUUGAGUAAUUUAUUGAAGUCUGAAGGUUGACUGAUGACAAACACAGUAUGUGAUUUAUUAAAUUUGGUUUCAGAUUGGUUUAAAGACGGUUAUCGCACUGAGCUGCCAAAUCGAAAGGACGGACACUUUUGUGUCUUUGGUGGAACUUUAAAAGAGGCACCACAAACCAUUUGAAUGUGUUGCUUAGUUUAUUGGAACAAACCCAUAGACACGUGAAAAUGCAUUGAGAUUCAUAUAGCACACGGACUAACUGACUAACAUGACGAGCCCUAGUUUUAUACACGCAUGACUGUCGUACUCUUAAACACAACCUGACAAAGGCCUCUUGGUUGCCACGAUUGGCUAAUAAUCUAUAAAGCGUUUCUACUUUACAAGCACACGUGUCACGGGGUUUCGGAAGUUGUGUGGAAUUUCAAAAGUUCACGUGGAUUGUUAAGGUAUGUUAAUUAGCACUUUAUUUUAUACGAAUGUUACAUCUGAAAUGUUGCCAGAAAAGUGGAAUGAUUUGUUUGGUUUUUCUUAUCUAGGCUAUUUCAGUUUUUUAUCUGAUCUUUUGCAAAGCAGAAGCCUUUAAAUUAUUUUAUUUGACAUAUUAGCACAACAUGUUUACUACUUGAAUAUGCACAAUUGUUUGUUUGUUUUUUGCUAACAUAUGGGUAACGUUAAAGCAAGUUGUCUUGCCCGAUGUAAUUUAGUAUUUAAAUUAAUAAGUUGUUGGUUGUGACUAUAAAAUGUCAUUGUACUUGACAACAUUUCAGCAUUUAAGAGUCUAAAUGUUUUGGACUUUUGGUCGUGUUACAGUUUGAUUUAGGAAGACACGAAGACACCAUAAUGGGGCUUUUCCACUGCACGGUAAAACUCGACUCAACUCUGCUCGCUUUUUUGGGGGUUUUCCAUUGUGGAUCGCACCUGGUACCUGGUACUUUUUUAGUACCAACUCAGUCGAGGCUCCAAGCGAGCUGAGCCGAUACUAAAUGUGACGUCAAAAUCCUGCAGAUCACUGAUUGGUCAGAGAGAAUCGUCACUACCGGCGUCACGUGACAUCAACAUGCUAGUUUAAAUGUUAGCAACAGCGAUAGCAGUAUCAUUUGUUCACUUGAUUGUAAACAGAAAUGGCUGUGAGCAAAACCACGCCGUGGUCAAUAAAUGAGGUGCAGACGGUCCACUCGUUAGUGAUGAACGAAACGAAAAAGUAUUUUAGGAAGUGUCUCAGAUGUUGGCCGCACACGGCUACCACCGGACCUGCCAACAGUGAAGGGAAAUGUUAAAAACACUUAAAAGUGACGACAGAUCCAUCAAAGAAACGUGGAAGUGAUUUGACCAAAUGGACGCUAUCUAGACCGGCGAGCAAUGGGACGGAGAGUGCGCUGGACUCGGUCAUGGCGUUGUUGGAGUCCACAAUGGAGGAUGGGACGUUUUGUUAGGUUAACUCUAUACUCUGAUUGAAAGCUUCACUUUAUUUAGUUGACCAGCUACUGGAAGCUUCUAAAACAACCAGACCAAUUGAACUUUUACACUUGUGUAAAAUUACCAUGAACAUCUGCUUUAUGCAGCACAAUGAGCUAGCAGCUAACAGCUAGCGCUCAUGUUAUUGUUUUGGUCAGUUUGUGUCAUGUUUAAGAUGAUGUCACUGCAGUAGAGGUGGCGUUACUAUGACGAUCAGCCUAUAAUCCCACCCACGUUGAGGCGGCACUAAACUGCAGUGGAAACGCAAGCUCAGAAAAGUCAAGCGAGUCGAGUUGAGGCGAGUGCAGCGGAAAAGUGCCCUAAGGGUUUGUAUAAAGUGACUAGAGUUUGAUUUAUAUUUUACUGUGACUUUAAUUAAGCAUUUUGCAUUCAUCCAGGUUUGAAAUGAAAAUGUAUUGUACAUAAUUUGAAAUAUAUAUAUAAUAAAAAUAAAAU